CCCGGUUUCUCCCUAAAGCCCCCUCAGCCCACUAGCUAGGAGGAUUUGCGCCUGCGCGAUAGAAAUCACGGUUCGCUUUACCGGCCAAUAGGAACCUAGGUGGCCUAGCGGGAGGUUGGUGUCGCGCUGCUGGGGUGAUCUGGCGCAGAGCUUAGGUGGCGUUAGGCGCUUUCUCCUGCUCCGCCUCACUGCUUGCAGCCACCGGGACGUCUGCCCAGCUCUUUUGGCCGCCGGCAAAAUGUGGAUGACACCUAAGAGGAGCAAAAUGGAAUUCGAGGAGACUCGGGGAUUCCGGCCCGAGUGGACCCAGCGUUAUUUGGUGGUGGAGCCUCCGGAGGGCGAAGGGGCCCUGUGCCUGGUCUGUGCCCACCUCGUCGUGUCCACCUGCGAACGCGACGUCAGGCGCCACUACGAGGCCGAGCACCAGUACUACCAGCGGUAUGUGGAGGAGGGCGAGCGCGCGGCCCUGGUGGAGCGGCUGCGGCAGGGGGACUUGCCCGAGAUCAUCCCACCUACCCCCGAGGAGAGAGCUGCUCGUGCAGGCCUCGGGAUCGCCCGCCUCUUGGCCCUGAAGGGUCGCGGCUGGGGUGAAGGGGACUUUGUGUACCAGUUAAUGGAGGUGGUGCUGAAAGAUGUACUGCCGGAUCACGUAGACGUUUUGGGAGGCAUUGAUUUAUCUCCAGACACCAUCCGGCAGAGGGUCCUGAACAUUAACGAGAAUCUACGUAGUCAGCUUUUUAACCGAGCCAAGGACUUUAAAGCGUAUUCCCUUGCGUUGGACGACCAGGCUUUUGUGGCCUAUGAAAACUACCUCCUGGUCUUUGUCCGCGGCGUGGACCAGGACUUGGAGGUGCAAGAAGAGCUUCUGACCAUAAUCAACCUAACUCAUCACUUCAGUGUCGGUGCUCUCAUGGCGGCAAUCCUUGAGGCCCUGCAGACAGCAGGGCUUAGCUUGCAGCGAAUGGUUGGACUAACCACGACCCACACUCUGAGGAUGAUUGGUGAGAACUCAGGACUCGUGUCAUACAUGAGAGAAAAGGCUGUAAGCCCCAACUGUUGGAAUGUCAUCCAUUAUUCGGGAUUCCUUCACUUGGAACUGUUGAGCUCCUACGAUGUGGACGUGAGUCAGGUCAUAAAUACUGUAUCUGAGUGGAUACUUUUGAUUAAAACAAGAGGCAUUAGACGACCCGAAUUUCAGGCUUUACUAACUUCGUCUGAAUCAGAGCAUGGCGAAAGGGUUAAUGGACGGUGUCUGAACAAUUGGCUUAGAAGAGGGAAAACUUUAAAACUACUGUUUUCGUUAAGGAAAGAGAUAGAAGCAUUCUUGGCUUCCGUAGGGGCAACGACAGCCCAUUUCUCGGACCAACAAUGGCUGUGCGACUUUGGCUUCUUGGUAGAUAUCAUGGACCACCUUCGAGAACUCAGUGAACUGUUGCGAUUCAAUAGAGUCUUUGCUGCUACCGCCUUUGACCAUAUUUGUAACUUUGAAGUUAAGCUGAAUUUACUUCAGAGACAUAUGGAGGAAAAAAAUCUGACACACUUCGCUGCCUUGAGAGAAGUUGUUGAUGAGCUUAAACAGCAUGUUAAAGACGAUGAAAAAAUACUUGAUCCUAAUCGGUACAAAGUAGUGUUCAGUCGCCUUCAGAAAGACUUUGAUAGACAUUUCAAGGACCUCAAGUUCAUUAAAAAGGACUUAGAACUCUUUGCAAAUCCAUUUAACUUUAAGCCUGAAUAUGCACCUAUUUCAGUAAGGGUGGAGCUAACGAAACUUCAGGCAAGUUCCGAACUUUGGGAGGAAUAUAGGAACAAAGACUUGGGACAGUUCUAUGCUGGGUUGUCUGCUGAAUCUUACCCAAUUAUCAAAGGGGUUGCCUGCAAAGUGGCAUCCUUGUUUGAUAGUAGUGAAAUCUGCGAAAAGGCUUUUUCGUAUUUGAUUCGAAACCAACACACCCUGAGCCAGCCAUUGACAGAUGAGCAUCUCCACGCCCUGUUCAGGAUCGCCACCACAGAAAUAGAGCCACAUUGGGAUGCUCUUCUGAGGGCAAGAAAUGACCCUAAUCCAUAAGCCUGCAUAGUCCGACAUUGAAACACUCAACCAGAAUCCAGUUCUGAAGGCCAGAAUUUGAUUUUUCAAGUUGUACUAAUUUGGAUUGUGAGAGAACACCAAGUUUUUUCAUUCAAAUUGAUCACAAUUCAGGUUCUCCUGAUUUUUUUUUUUUCCAUCUCAAGAGGCAGCAUGGGACUGAAACAUGCAAACACCUCUUUUAAAGCUUAAUGGCAAAGUCAUUGUCUUUUGCUUUUAUAAUGUAAUUGUUUUUAAAGAGGUUUAGUACUGAUGAUGUGAGUGGAGUUAGAAGUCUGUUUUUAAGGUGUUUCGAAGAAAUUUUAGCUCUUAAAUGUUGAAAUUCUGAUGCAUAUAGUCUGAAAUUAUCAGCUCCUUAAAUGUAUGUUUGAGCCAAUUUGCAGAAACUCAUGUAGCAAAUUUUGAAGUUUCUGAAAAGGAAGAACAUACAUUCAGUGGAGGUACUUUAUCAGAACGUUUGAAGCUUUUUAAAAACGUGUGUGAGUCUGACUUAAAUAUUGACAGGUACCUCCCUCUUACCUCCUCUCUAUCCACCCCAGUGAUAAUGCUAUUACUAAUAGAGGAUAUAAUCAAGUAAAAUUUUAGGAGCAAGAAUUAUUUUUGAGUUGCUGGUUAGAAGGCUUCCUGCAGUUUGGAGAUCAGACUAACCAAUUAUUGGAGGUUUCCCCUGAAUGAUUCACAAUUGGGUGCUGUUUUACCAGCUCGCCUAUUAAAGGACUAUGUCCAGCAAAUUCAAGGAACCAGGAUGCAACCAAGAAUUUAGAAGGAACUGAUGCCUGAGCAAUCAAAAUAGUGCCAUAAGAACCCAAGAACCAAAAUUGUGUCAUUGGUUCUCAACCUGAGGCAAGUAAACCCUCUUUCCACAGGAUGUUGGGACAUACAGGGGAGUUUUUUGGUUGUCACAUUUAGUAGGGAGGAGGGGGGUCUGCUGGCAUUUAAGUCAUAGGAUAGCCUGGCACACUGAAGAAUUAUCCCUUUCAAAGUGCCAGUAGACCCUCCCAGGGUAGAUUAUUUUAUUUUGAGGGAGGGGGAAAAUUACCAGUAGAAGCAAAAUUAGAAGGCCAAGUUGGGCAAACUGACAAUACUUGAUAGGGAAGACUAAUGCCAACAUUCUGAGUGUGGUUGGUAGGGUGCAGUCAAGUCCCUGUUAUAUUCUGGCAGCUCACAGUAGCAUUUAUAAAUCAGUAAUUGAUAUUGAACCAGAAUAAAGGGCUUGAGUCUGUUAUAUACAAUUCAUUGAGGGCAGAAAAGCAAGAGUUAUGACAAGAUACCAAGAAUGGUCAAAUUGAGAUUUUAGUUAACAGGGAGUAGGCUUACAUUUUUGGGGGGAAAAAAACAAAAAACAAAAAAACAAAUACAGUGAAAAUCCAACCAAACAAACAAAAAAAAUCUGCCGGUAAUUUUCCCAUAGUUUGGGAUAUUUUCUUUCAUGGCAAGUGCUUUAUUGAAAGAAUGAUUGGGAGAUCAGAAAGCUGCCCCUGCUUUCUGACCCUGGUUCCUCAAAUAUCGCAGUCUUGUACAUUUUGUGAGUUUCUAGUAUAUAUUUUGCUUAUGGUAAUAAUAAAAUUAGUUUGCAUCAUGUAGUCAAUGAGUGGGUGGGGAUGGGAGAUAAAAGCCAAGGAUUUUAAAUUGGCCCUGAAUCAUAGAGAAUUUGCUAUAAACUAGUCUUGUUUGUAAAGGAAAAAUGUGUAUUUUACUGUUUUCUGUAUAUUAAGUAAUUCUGUAACUGCAUGGCAGUCUUGUUUUUUUACAUAUUUUUUUAUAAAGUAGUUGUUAACUGGUCCUGUUGUAGCAGUGAAUAGAGUUCAAACAAGUACUGUUUUUUAAAAAACUCUUAUGCUCCUGUAUUUCCCACUCCUACUAGUGUCCUUAGAAGAUCUGUGUGUGUUCUGUUCUCCCACGUUGUCACUGCUCUGCCAGGCCCGCAGCGUCCUUGUGACCGUUCUCACCCUCUGACACCACUGCCCUCUCUCCUUGAAAUAGAUGUUUGCUUUGGCUCCGGAGAGAAGCCCUGUCCAGGUGUGCUCGCUCAGCCGUCUUUGUGGGUACCUCUUUGCCCUCAGUGUCUGUGCUCCUGGGAUAGUUGUUUUGUGUUAGGCUGUCUUAUUCUACGUUGUCUUCUUAGCUGACCUCAUUCAUCUCCUUUCAUGGCUUCAGUUACCUCCUGUAUGCACAUGGCACAUGAAUUCAUAUCUCCUUGCUGGACCUUUCCUAAUUCACCCAUCUAAAUUCUAACUUAGGUCCAUUCUGCUAUCUCAUGGCACGGCGGCAUAACAUCGAUCUUGUCCCUAAACCUGCUUCUCUUGUGUUCCCUCUUAGUAAAUGACACCACCACUACUAACUACUCGGUUGCCCUUGCCUAAGCCGAAACCUGAGUUAUCCAUGACUUUUUUCUCUUCGUGCAUCCUGCCAUUCACAAAAACCUUUCCGUUAAGUUCACUGUCCAAACUUUUCUUUUCUCCAGUGCUACUAUUUUCUUCUAAUUCAGGCCAUCAGUCUGCCUAAAGGGUAGCAACAGCUUCCUCACUGGUCUCCCUUUCUCUGGUUUUGAUCCCUUUCCCCACUGCAGCCAGAUUUUCCAAAAGACAUACCCGGUCACGUCACUGCACCGCUUUCACCAUUUCUCUUAGGAUAAGGUACAAUUUCUGUUCGUCUUUCAGAUCUCACUUUAUAUACCACUUCCUCCAGGAUGCCUUCAUUGAUUCCUGCUAGACUAGGUGCCCCUACUGCACACUCCCUAAAUAUCUGUUUUUCCCAACCACGUGCUUAACGCCCAUUAUUGUUACUUGUUAUUAAUCACUGGUAGACUGCAAGCUUUAUAAGGACAAGGGACCUUAUGACUUGUUCACUGUUAUAUCUUGCUUAGCACAAUGCCUGGUGUUUCAAUAAAUGUUUGGAUGAAUAAAUGUUUGUGUAGCGUUUUACGAUCUUUGAAGCCCUUCCCCUGUGUCCUUUGCCUCCUGUCUUAGACUGCUCGCUGGGUAAUUGUUAUCCACACAUUACAGAUAAAGGAAUGAAACGAAGUUGUUUGUGACCAGGGACCUCACUGUAUUCCCGGAAUGUAGCUCAGUGCUUGGCGUGUGGCUCAAAUAUUAUGUGAAUGUUGUUGGGGAAACAAACUUUGAUUGCAGUUUGCCCUCGUAAACAUAAGUAGCAAAGGCAGGAUUCAAACGCAGUCACACUCACGUGAGUCCACUAUGCAAUAAGUCGUUACCUCCUUGAUGUAGAAGUCUUCAUUUUUUUUUCUUUAAUUUCUAAAGGAACCUGGAUGAAAAGCCCUGGACAACUAUUUAGCGGACCAAAAAAUACUUAAGUAGUUAGAAAAUUAAACUCAGUAUCAGAAAAAGAUAAUGCUGCUUAAGAGUUGAUACCCACUUUCCUUUUGUAAGCAUCAACCCUAGGAGAAAAUAGCAUGCCAUUUACUUGCUCCU